GUACCCCAUCGGGAGAUGCUGGUGAUCUGGAUUGUGACACUGAGUCUCUGGCUCGGGCUACCUGCUACAGCAACACAGGGCGAGACAACCAUCAUCCCCACUGUGCCAGCUUCAUCUGAGCCCACGGCGUCAACCCACGUUUCCCAUACCACAGACGCCGGCCAUUCCACCGUCCGAUCGAGGCCAGGAGACCUGUCUACCAGCCCGGCUGUCUCAGGACCGACUGCUACUGGUGUCCCCCAGGAAUCCACGGACCACGGCACCAUCUCUGAUUCUCCUCCACCUCCGGACUCAUCGGCAACCACUUUUACCAAGGGUGAUGCAAGUCCCAUGUCUACGUCAAGUCCCACCGAGUCUUUAGCCACUUCCCCGGGUUCGGGACCGUCAGCCUCACCCAGUGCUACGGAGUCUACUUUCUCCACGAUCGUCUCAGAGUCAUCGGAAUACACAGUGGCUUCCUAUACUACAGGCUCUCCAAGUCCCUCAAGCCAGGAAGACUCUUCCACCACCACCCUGACCACUGGACACAGCACUACCGCCCUUUCGGCGUUGCCCUCCGUCUUCACAACUGUGUCUGCUUUGACCGGAACGACCGUUACUUCAGAAACCUCCUAUACGGUGGGUGACGGAAGCUCCGCGUCCCCUUCAGGUUCGGGCCAGCCGUCGACCACCGUCUCUGUCUCAGCACAGACGACCACGGGCCUCGUGGACGGAUCCACUGUGUAUCCAGGCACCCCUCACUCAUCAGAGCCAACGGGUAUCCCACACAGCACCACCAGCGGAGAGGAUGCAGUUUCUGCUUCCACACCAACGACUGCUGGCCCUUUUACUACCCAUGCUGAUGGCGGACACACAACCACAUCUCUUGCUGCAGGGUCCACGAUCUACACCGCCACUGCCCCCUCAGAGUUGUCCACACCAUCCUUUUCCACUACUGCCUCCCGCAGCACAGAUAGUGCGAUUCCCACCUCCACAUCGAGCCCCAGUGAGCUCUCUACCCCCACUGUGGUCACUGGGCAAGCCGGCUCCACUCCCACAGGCGAGACAACCAUCAUCCCCACUGUGCCAGCUUCAUCUGAGCCCACGGCGUCAACCCACGUUUCCCAUACCACAGACGCCGGCCGUUCCACCGUCCCAUCGGGGCCAGGAGACCUGUCUACCAGCCCGGCUGUCUCAGGACCGACUGCUACUGGUGUCCCCCAGGAAUCCACGGACCACGGCACCAUCUCUGAUUCUCCUCCACCUCCGGACUCAUCGGCAACCACUUUUACCAAGGGUGAUGCAAGUCCUAUGUCUACGUCAAGUCCCACCGAGUCUUUAGCCACUUCCCCGGGUUCGGGACCGUCAGCCUCACCCAGUGCUACGGAGUCUACUUUCUCCACGAUCGUCUCAGAGUCAUCGGAAUACACAGUGGCUUCCUAUACUACAGGCUCUCCAAGUCCCUCGAGCCAGGAAGACUCUUCCACCACCACCCUGACCACUGGACACAGCACUACCGCCCUUUCGGCAUUGCCCUCCGUCUUCACAACUGUGUCUGCUUUGACCGGAAACGACCGUUACUUCAGAAACCUCCUAUACGAGUUGUCCACACCAUCCUUUUCCACUACUGCCUCCCACAGCACAGAUAGUGAGAUUCCCACCUCCACAUCGAGCCCCAGUGAGCUCUCUACCCCCACUGUGGUCACUGGGCAAGCCGGCUCCACUCCCACAGGCGAGACAACCAUCAUCCCCACUGAAUCCACGGACCACGGCACCAUCUCUGAUUCUCCUCAACCUCCGGACUCAUCGGCAACCACUUUUACCAAGGCACUACCGCCCUUUCGGCAGUUGCCCUCCGUCUUCACAACUGUGUCUGCUUUGACCGGAAACGACCGUUACUUCAGAAACCUCCUAUACGCACAGACGACCACGGGCCUCGUGGACGGAUCCACUGUGUAUCCAGGCACCCCUCACUCAUCAGAGCCAACGGGGUCCACGAUCUACACCGCCACUGCGCCCCUCAGAGUUGUCCACACCAUCCUUUUCCACUACUGCCUCCCAGCAGCACAGAUAGUGCGAUUCCCACCUCCACAUCGAGCCCCAGAAUCCACGGACCACGGCACCAUCUCUGAUUCUCCUCCACCUCCGGACUCAUCGGCAACCACUUUUACCAAGGGUGAUCACUACCGCCCUUUCGGCAUUGCCCUCCGUCUUCACAACUGUGUCUGCUUUGACCGAAACGACCGUUACUUCAGAAACCUCCUAUACGAGUUGUCCACACCAUCCUUUUCCACUACUGCCUCCCACAGCACAGAUAGUGAGAUUCCCACCUCCACAUCGAGCCCCAGUGAGCUCUCUACCCACACUGUGGUCACUGGGCAAGCCGGCUCCACUCCCACAGGCGAGACAACCAUCAUCCCCACUGUGCCAGCUUCAUCUGAGCCCACGGCGUCAACCCACGUUUCCCAUACCACAGACGCCGGCCGUUCCACCGUCCCAUCGAGGCCAGGAGACCUGUCUACCAGCCCGGCUGUCUCAGGACCGACUGCUACUGGUGUCCCCCAGGAAUCCACGGACCACGGCACCAUCUCUGAUUCUCCUCAACCUCCGGACUCAUCGGCAACCACUUUUACCAAGGGUGAUGCAAGUCCCAUGUCUACGUCAAGUCCCACCGAGUCUUUAGCCACUUCCCCGGGUUCGGGACCGUCAGCCUCACCCAGUGCUACGGAGUCUACUUUCUCCACGAUCGUCUCAGAGUCAUCGGAAUACACAGUGGCUUCCUAUACUACAGGCUCUCCAAGUCCCUCGAGCCAGGAAGACUCUUCCACCACCACCCUGACCACUGGACACAGCACUACCGCCCUUUCGGCAUUGCCCUCCGUCUUCACAACUGUGUCUGCUUUGACCGAAACGACCGUUACUUCAGAAACCUCCUAUACGGUGGGUGACGGAAGCUCCGCGUCCCCUUCAGGUCCGGGCCAGCUGUCGACCACCGUCUCUGUCUCAGCACAGACGACCACGGGCCUCGUGGACGGAUCCAGUGUGUAUCCAGGCACCCCUCACUCAUCAGAGCCAACGGGUAUCUCACACAGCACCACCAGCGGAGAGGAUGCAGUUUCUGCUUCCACACCAACGACUGCUGGCCCUUUUACUACCCAUGCUGAUGGCGGACACACAACCACAUCUCUUGCUGCAGGGUCCACGAUCUACACCGCCACUGCGCCCUCGGAGUUGUCCACACCAUCCUUUUCCACUACUGCCUCCCACAGCACAGAUAGUGAGAUUCCCACCUCCACAUCGAGCCCCAGUGAGCUCUCUACCCACACUGUGGUCACUGGGCAAGCCGGCUCCACUCCCACAGGCGAGACAACCAUCAUCCCCACUGUGCCAGCUUCAUCUGAGCCCACGGCGUCAACCCACGUUUCCCAUACCACAGACGCCGGCCGUUCCACCGUCCCAUCGAGGCCAGGAGACCUGUCUACCAGCCCGGCUGUCUCAGGACCGACUGCUACUGGUGUCCCCCAGGAAUCCACGGACCACGGCACCAUCUCUGAUUCUCCUCAACCUCCGGACUCAUCGGCAACCACUUUUACCAAGGGUGAUGCAAGUCCCAUGUCUACGUCAAGUCCCACCGAGUCUUUAGCCACUUCCCCGGGUUCGGGACCGUCAGCCUCACCCAGUGCUACGGAGUCUACUUUCUCCACGAUCGUCUCAGAGUCAUCGGAAUACACAGUGGCUUCCUAUACUACAGGCUCUCCAAGUCCCUCGAGCCAGGAAGACUCUUCCACCACCACCCUGACCACUGGACACAGCACUACCGCCCUUUCGGCAUUGCCCUCCGUCUUCACAACUGUGUCUGCUUUGACCGAAACGACCGUUACUUCAGAAACCUCCUAUACGGUGGGUGACGGAAGCUCCGUGUCCCCUUCAGGUCCGGGCCAGCUGUCGACCACCGUCUCUGUCUCAGCACAGACGACCACGGGCCUCGUGGACGGAUCCAGUGUGUAUCCAGGCACCCCUCACUCAUCAGAGCCAACGGGUAUCUCACACAGCACCACCAGCGGAGAGGAUGCAGUUUCUGCUUCCACACCAACGACUGCUGGCCCUUUUACUACCCAUGCUGAUGGCGGACACACAACCACAUCUCUUGCUGCAGGGUCCACGAUCUACACCGCCACUGCGCCCCUCAGAGUUGUCCACACCAUCCUUUUCCACUACUGCCUCCCACAGCACAGAUACCUCACCCAGUGCUACGGAGUCUACUUUCUCCACGAUCGUCUCAGAGUCAUCGGAAUACACAGUGGCUUCCUAUACUACAGGCUCUCCAAGUCCCUCGAGCCAGGAAGACUCUUCCACCACCACCCUGACCACUGGACACAGCACUACCGCCCUUUCGGCAUUGCCCUCCGUCUUCACAACUGUGUCUGCUUUGACCGAAACGACCGUUACUUCAGAAACCUCCUAUACGCACCACCAGCGGAGAGGAUGCAGUUUCUGCUUCCACACCAACGACUGCUGGCCCUUUUACUACCCAUGCUGAUGGCGGACACACAACCACAUCUCUUGCUGCAGGGUCCACGAUCUACACCGCCACUGCGCCCUCAGGAGUUGUCCACACCAUCCUUUUCCACUACUGCCUCCCACAGCACAGAUAGUGAGAUUCCCACCUCCACAUCGAGCCCCAGUGAGCUCUCUACCCACACUGUGGUCACUGGGCAAGCCGGCUCCACUCCCACAGGCGAGACAACCAUCAUCCCCACUGUGCCAGCUUCAUCUGAGCCCACGGCGUCAACCCACGUUUCCCAUACCACAGACGCCGGCCGUUCCACCGUCCCAUCGAGGCCAGGAGACCUGUCUACCAGCCCGGCUGUCUCAGGACCGACUGCUACUGGUGUCCCCCAGGAAUCCACGGACCACGGCACCAUCUCUGAUUCUCCUCAACCUCCGGACUCAUCGGCAACCACUUUUACCAAGGGUGAUGCAAGUCCCAUGUCUACGUCAAGUCCCACCGAGUCUUUAGCCACUUCCCCGGGUUCGGGACCGUCAGCCUCACCCAGUGCUACGGAGUCUACUUUCUCCACGAUCGUCUCAGAGUCAUCGGAAUACACAGUGGCUUCCUAUACUACAGGCUCUCCAAGUCCCUCAGAGCCAGGAAGACUCUUCCACCACCACCCUGACCACUGGACACAGCACUACCGCCCUUUCGGCGUUGCCCUCCGUCUUCACAACUGUGUCUGCUUUGACCGGAAACGACCGUUACUUCAGAAACCUCCUAUACGGUGGGUGACGGAAGCUCCGCGUCCCCUUCAGGUCCGGGCCAGCCUGUCGACCACCGUCUCUGUCUCAGCACAGACGACCACGGGCCUCGUGGACGGAUCCACUGUGUAUCCAGGCACCCCUCACUCAUCAGAGCCAACGGGUAUCUCACACAGCACCACCAGCGGAGAGGAUGCAGUUUCUGCUUCCACACCAACGACUGCUGGCCCUUUUACUACCCAUGCUGAUGGCGGACACACAACCACAUCUCUUGCUGCAGGGUCCACGAUCUACACCGCCACUGCCCCCUCAGAGUUGUCCACACCAUCCUUUUCCACUACUGCCUCCCGCAGCACAGAUAGUGCGAUUCCCACCUCCACAUCGAGCCCCAGUGAGCUCUCUACCCCCACUGUGGUCACUGGGCAAGCCGGCUCCACUCCCACAGGCGAGACAACCAUCAUCCCCACUGUGCCAGCUUCAUCUGAGCCCACGGCGUCAACCCACGUUUCCCAUACCACAGACGCCGGCCGUUCCACCGUCCCAUCGGGGCCAGGAGACCUGUCUACCAGCCCGGCUGUCUCAGGACCGACUGCUACUGGUGUCCCCCAGGAAUCCACGGACCACGGCACCAUCUCUGAUUCUCCUCCACCUCCGGACUCAUCGGCAACCACUUUUACCAAGGGUGAUGCAAGUCCCAUGUCUACGUCAAGUCCCACCGAGUCUUUAGCCACUUCCCCGGGUUCGGGACCGUCAGCCUCACCCAGUGCUACGGAGUCUACUUUCUCCACGAUCGUCUCAGAGUCAUCGGAAUACACAGUGGCUUCCUAUACUACAGGCUCUCCAAGUCCCUCAAGCCAGGAAGACUCUUCCACCACCACCCUGACCACUGGACACAGCACUACCGCCCUUUCGGCGUUGCCCUCCGUCUUCACAACUGUGUCUGCUUUGACCGGAACGACCGUUACUUCAGAAACCUCCUAUACGGUGGGUGACGGAAGCUCCGCGUCCCCUUCAGGUUCGGGCCAGCCGUCGACCACCGUCUCUGUCUCAGCACAGACGACCACGGGCCUCGUGGACGGAUCCACUGUGUAUCCAGGCACCCCUCACUCAUCAGAGCCAACGGGUAUCCCACACAGCACCACCAGCGGAGAGGAUGCAGUUUCUGCUUCCACACCAACGACUGCUGGCCCUUUUACUACCCAUGCUGAUGGCGGACACACAACCACAUCUCUUGCUGCAGGGUCCACGAUCUACACCGCCACUGCCCCCUCAGAGUUGUCCACACCAUCCUUUUCCACUACUGCCUCCCGCAGCACAGAUAGUGUGAUUCCCACCUCCACAUCGAGCCCCAGUGAGCUCUCUACCCACACUGUGGUCACUGGGCAAGCCGGCUCCACUCCCACAGGCGAGACAACCAUCAUCCCCACUGUGCCAGCUUCAUCUGAGCCCACGGCGUCAACCCACGUUUCCCAUACCACAGACGCCGGCCAUUCCACCGUCCCAUCGAGGCCAGGAGACCUGUCUACCAGCCCGGCUGUCUCAGGACCGACUGCUACUGGUGUCCCCCAAGAGUCCACGGACCAUAGCACCAUGUCUCAUUCCUCUGCAGUCACACACUCAUUUUCAAGCACUUUCACUGAAGUGGAUAAAAGUCACAUCCCCACAUCAAGUUCCCGGCAGUGCCACAAUGGGACCAUAUGGAACGGAAAAGAGUGUGUCUGUGCCCAAGGCUUCUUUGGUUACCAGUGCAAGUCCCUUGUGGACUCAUUCUUCAUCGAAAUCCCGGAAAAAAUCAAUGCCACCUUAGGUGUGACAGUGAAAGUGACUAAUAGGAAUUUCACAAAAGACCUGAAUAACAUAUCCUCCUCAGUCUACCAGAAUUUCACUCAACUAUUCAAGAGUCAGAUGGAUAAAGCUUAUAUGGGCAAAGACUUUCCCCAGUACAGAGGCGUGAUCAUUAGGAGACUGUUCAAUGGCAGUGUUGUGGUGGAACAUGAUGUUGUCAUGGAGACAAACUACACUUCAGAUUUUCAGAAACUGUUUGAAAACCUCAUUGAAAUCAUAACGGUCAAGAUUAUGAAUGAGACCAAAAGGCUACCUGGUGAUUCGGAAGAGUGCAGAGCAGCCUCCUUACAUCUGUGCUACAAUGAGGAAGCCACCAUUGUGAACAAGACUGUGAAGCUGGGCUUUGACCUGCAGGAGCAAUGCACCCAGAAGGCUGCAAAGGACUAUGCCCAGUUCUACUAUGUGGAUGAACUGGAUGGGAAGCUGGCCUGUGUGACCAAGUGCACUUCUGGGACUAAGUCGCAACUGAACUGUCAUGAGGGUGAAUGCCAGUUGCAACGAAGUGGCCCCCGCUGUUUAUGCCCGACCUCAGACACGCACUGGUACUGGGGAGAGACUUGUGCAUUGAGAACCAGCAAGAGCCUGGUGUAUGGUAGUGUGGGAGCUGUGGGAGCACUGCUGGUGGUCAUGGUGGUGGUCCUGAUCAUCCUCCUCGGCCGAUCCCAGAGAAAAUUGCACAGGCAAGAAUACAAACUGUCUCGGGAGUGGCAAGGAGAAGACAUUCCUGGCAGCUUCCAGAACACAGGCAUCUGGGAAGAUGAGAAUCUGAAGGAGGACAGAUUCAGCCUUGAAAACAUCUAUGACCAUUUCCAGCCCUCCCUGGAGAACGUGGAUCCCACCAUGGAGUUCCACAUCCAGAGGCCCAGGGUGGUGACCACUGUUCAGUGAGCGAGGCAGAGGCUCCUACUCCUCAUCCAGAUUUGGACAAGACAUCGGCAGAGAGAGAAAACCCACCACUGUGCUACUCCUCAGCGCCCUCGUUGGUUAAAAGGAAAUAGAGCAUCAGGGCUCAAGGUGGCCCUCUCAGAGCUGGUGGGCCUGGCCAGCCCCUGCUGUGAGCCCCUCUCCCCACCCCCUCACCCUCCAACCAGGAGCCCCGGGGCUGCCCAGACACUCUGACAUCUUUGCUCCAGUGACUUCCCACUCUGAAAUUUCCCUCCCAAUAAAAGAGCAAGGUUUAAAGCA